GGCACCCACCGCACCCCUUCGCACCGCCUGGCACCCGUCAACCUGUUUGGCUGGGUCCAGGCAGGUCUGCGGAGGGGCGGGGAGCCCCGAGCCUCGCCACCGCCCCCCCCCGGCUCCUCCUCCCAGUCCCCGCCCUGUUCCGAGCACUCGGCCUGGCUGAGCUGGGCACCCCGUGUUCCGGAGCAGGGAAGCCGGAGGACCCCAGGGUGAGGGGUGGGGUGUGAUCCCCCAAAAGGAAGGCAGCCCCUUCUCUCCCGGCUGCCCGGAGCCCUCGCCCCAGCACCAGAGCCAGCCGGGGCUGGGGCUGCCCUCCCCAGCGGGGGGCUGGGGGUUUGGGGCCAUGCCGCCUCGUGCCCUCUGACACCCCCACACCAUGGCCCGGUCACUGGCCUGGCGCUGCUGCCCCUGGUGCUUGACGGAGGACGAGAAGGCGGCCGCCCGGAUCGACCAGGAGAUCAACAAGAUCCUCCUGGAGCAGAAGAAGCGAGAUCGAGGGGAGUUAAAGCUGCUGCUGCUGGGCACGGGCGAGAGCGGGAAGAGUACAUUCAUCAAGCAGAUGCGCAUCAUCCACGGGGCCGGGUACUCCGAGGAGGAGCGCAGGGGCUUCCGGCCGCUCGUCUUCCAGAACGUCCUCGUCUCCAUGCAGGCCAUGGUGGACGCCAUGGACCGGCUGCAGAUCCCCUUCGGCAGGCCCGAGAGCAAGCUCCAUGCCGACCUGGUCAUGAGCCAGGACCCCUACAAGGUGACGACCUUCCAGAAGUGCUGCGCCGCGGCCAUCCAGUGGCUGUGGAGGGACACCGGCAUCCGGGCCUGCUACGAGCGGCGGCGCGAGUACCACCUGCUCGACUCGGCUGGAUACUACCUGUCCCACCUGGAGCGUAUCACGGAGGAGGACUACGUCCCCACAGCCCAGGAUGUGCUCCGCAGCCGCAUGCCCACCACCGGCAUCAACGAGUACUGCUUUUCUGUGCAGAAAACCAACCUGCGGAUCGUCGAUGUCGGGGGCCAGAAGUCGGAACGUAAGAAGUGGAUCCACUGCUUCGAGAACGUGAUCGCCCUCAUCUACCUGGCCUCGCUGAGCGAGUACGACCAGCGUCUCGAGGAGAACAACCAGGAGAACCGCAUGAAGGAGAGCUUGGCUCUGUUCGGCACCAUCCUGGAACUCCCCUGGUUCAAAAGCACGUCCGUCAUCCUCUUCCUCAACAAGACCGACAUCCUCGAGGAGAAGAUCCGCACGUCCCACCUGGCCACCUACUUCCCCAGUUUCCAGGGCCCGAAGCAGGACGCGGAGGCUGCCAAGAAGUUUAUCCUGGACAUGUACGCCGGGAUGUACGCGGGCUGCGCCCACGGCCCCGACGGGAGCAGGAAGGGCCCGCGCUCGCGUCGCCUCUUCAGCCACUACACGUGCGCCACGGACACGCAGAACAUCCGCAAGGUCUUCAAGGACGUGCGGGACUCGGUCCUCGCCCGCUACCUGGACGAGAUCAACCUGCUGUGACCCAGGCCCCGACCGCCACGGGCAGGUGGGCGGCGGGGCAGCCGCCGGGGUCGCGCGCGGUGAGACCCAAACGCCCGCUGUCAUUCCAGCCCCGGCCCCGGGGGGUGGCAGAAGGGCCUCGAAGCGGGUCGGGGUUGGAUGGAAGGCUGGACAUCUGCCCCCUCUCCCUGCUUCUCACCCGGACACCUCCUGCCUGCGUUCUUCCUCCCUGACUCAGUUUACCUCCUUUGCAAGGGAGCAAAAAGGUCAUUUGUGGAGGAAAAGGUUGAGAAAUCAGGAGCUCGUGGAUAGGGGAUGGAGGUUCUCUCUCAGGAGUCUGGGGCCCCUGGAGGUGAUGUACCACGUGGGACCCCUCGAGAGGGGGCGUGGCCUCUACGCCCCCUGAUGGACGGCAGAAGGCCCCUCCUUGCAGGAACGCGCCGGCGCCCCCCGAGGACCCGGCAGGGCAGCGCCUUCCCUUCAUUGGGGGACAGGACGCCCCUGGAAAACGCUGUCCCGCGUGGCCCAAGGCGAUUCCUGCUCCGUUUUGCAGACGAGGAAAGCCGAGGCCCACCGGGAUCCCCUCCAUCCCAGGCUGGGGGCAGGGCGUGCGGCCUCCCCCAACCUGUGUAUUUAUUCUCUCCCCUUCUGCGGGGGCUCUUGGCGGCGUGGACAUUAAAGCAACGACAUUCCGGA